AUGAUGAUCAACAAAGAAUCAUCAUCAGAUCCACCCAAUCCACGCCGUUAUUUUAAUCUGGUCUUAGUUGGCCCCGUAGACUCGGGCAAGUCUUUGCUCGGUGGCUGUUUGAUCCGAUAUUGUCGUGGAAUUACUGAAUCCGAAUUGAAUUCAAUAUGCAAUCGAUUCGGCUAUUAUUACAGAGAUAGGUAUUUAGCAAUGUAUGAGGAUGAAUUUGGAGGAAACACCCACCACGUUAAUGUAAAAAGAAGUAUUUACACUCCAAAUAAUCGAUCGUUCACGAUAAUAGACACUCCUGGUCAUUACCAGUUAUUGGGUAAUUUAAUUUCUGGAUUAUUUCUCGGUGAUGUGUGUUUGUUAGUUGUUAAUCCUACUGAUGGGUAUUUUGAGCAUGACCUUCCAUGUCUUAGAAGACAAAUUUUGUUAUUAAGAACGAUGGGUUUUAAGGAGAGUCAAUUGGUGGUGUGUUUGAAUCGAAUGGAUCAAUGUUAUUAUUCUCAAACACGCUAUGAGGAAACAACACAGGAGGUCAUCAAACUGUUGAAACGGGUUGGAUAUCAUGACGUCGAUCAAAUUCCGUUCAUUCCUGUGAGCGCCUAUAGAUAUGAUAAUUUAUUGAAUCAUGACGACAAGGACACCACUUUGGCACCAACACGAAUGGAAUGGUAUUCUGGAAAGAGUUUGAUAGAGACCUUGGAUUCAUUGAAUUUGAAGCAUCCAUCUGAAGUGAGAUCAUGUGAAGCGUUGAAAGAUAUGUCAUCCUCGUCACGACAAUUGAGAAUGCCAAUAAGGCGUGUGUAUAAUUUCAAUGAUGGAAGACGAAUCUUGUGUGGAAAAGUUGUGACUGGAAUGUUGCGAGUAGGAAUGAAAGUAAGAAUUCCUCUCAGCAAUGGAUCCUUUAUGGAACAACAAGUGAAAAGUAUUCAAGUUUUUCAUGAAGAACGAGAAACUGCAUUUCCCUCUGAACUUGCAGCAAUUAACAUUGGAAGUGGUACUCAGGAUGGAUAUAGUGCUUCAUCAUUGACUUUCAAAACUUUGUCAAUCCAUAGAAAUGAUGAAAUGAAUAAGUUGACAAGGCAAAAAGACAGACCAUGCGUGAACAGUGGUUUUAUUGUUAGCGAAGCUUCUGAAUCCUACGGAUGUAAUGGCUCUUUAUUUGUGGAUAGUUUUGAAGCUCAAAUCAAAGUUCUGCUUUUAGAUUGCAGCUAUUCUUUAUCAACUUCAACCACUACAAACAAUGAAAUAAUUACUUGUGGAUAUGAGGCCAUUGUAGAUUGUGGUCUAGCUCAUAUAAGAUGUCAAUUUGAGGAAUUGAUUGGAGUUCUUGAAAAGGGAAAUCUUUCGAAAAUGAUUUCUUUGGAACCACUCAACAGUCUUCAACGAGGAGAUUUUGCAUUUGUGAAACUAGUUCCCAAAACGCAAAUGCAGGUGGAAAGCUUUUUCACAUGCCCUUCACUGGGAAGAAUAGUGAUUCGAGCGGGUUGCCAACAGAUCGUGGCAGUUGGUCGUAUUACACGAGUACAUCGAAGAAAUUCUGACCUCUAUACAUUAUUUGCGUUUAAAUUUUCCAAAUUUGUAAAAGAACAUACCACCACUCAUUUGAGGGAUAUUACUGUAAAGUGUCAACAUUGA